AGAGCCCGCUUGGGGCGUGCGUAUACUCUACCUGGAAAGUCUGCGGGCCUUUAUGAGUUCCAUGGAAGCGUGGCCAUUAGGAUUUAGUGACAUGAUUACUGAUAUGGUGUUGGAGUGGCGCUAGAGAUGCUCAUGGCAACCAAUCGGAGGCGCCUGAGUAUGGGUACACAUCCCUUUUGACAGUUGGUAAUAUCCACACAGUGGCAUUGGCGGACUACUCGGAACACUAACGUGCGUCUCCUCAGGAUUAAGUGCAUCACUGUUUAAAUUAUUGGAAUAAAUGAGUUGCGCAGGUGAGGGCGACACGCCCGAGGGUAAUGCCGACAAGUGCAGGCCCCCUGGCCCGGUUUCACCCUACUGUAUAGACAGCUUACUCGGUCGAAGAAGUCUCCCUUAUUCCCACGCCAGGAAAAAUCCUCCAUCGCGCUCUGGGACAGGGGAACGACCUUAUGACCACACACAUCAUGACAAAGAAAGUCUUCAGCAACUGCAUGGUUCAGGAUCUCUUGCCGAACUCUCUGAAUCCGACAAAGGUGUCCUUGACACGGGACGAAUACAUGAUGAACACAUUCAGAGCAAACCUUGUGGGUGCCAGAAGUCGUCCGUUCGUUGUCAGUCCUACCUGGAAAGCGCCCCAACGAACCCUGAGCUGAUGCAGAUGGGGCACAGCGUAACAGACGGAGUGUACAGGGACUCGAAAUUGUCUCUCGGGGAUGAGGAUGCCCUGCGCACUGCUGGAGGUCUCAGAGAAGAUGGGGACUGUGUCUGUAUGUCAGCAGGCAGUGAUUCCGAAGAGGGAGUGCCGAAGCGCAAGCAGAGGAGAUACAGGACUACAUUCACCAAUUUUCAACUGGAGGAAUUAGAGAGAGCUUUCCAAAAAACACACUACCCAGACGUGUUCACCAGGGAGGAACUAGCAAUGCGACUGGACCUCACAGAAUCACGUGUGCAGGUCUGGUUUCAGAACCGUCGAGCCAAGUGGAGAAAGCGAGAGAAAGCUGGUGUGCAACCCCUGUCUCUAAACUUCCCUUUCCUGGGGCCUACACCCUCAAUACAUCCCAUGGGUCACUAUUUAGGUCGCGGACCGUUCCCGACCCAUCUUUUCCCACUUUUGGACUCAGCAUGGACUGACGGAACCACCUCUUUCCCUUUAUUUGGCCAGUCUCUCGCCAGUUCCAUCUCCUCCCUCAACCUUGGUUCUUUCCCAGUGGUAUCCACGUCCAGACACUCCGCUGUCAUCGGCCCCCCGUUUGGUCGUUUUUGGCUUUGCACGCAUGUUUCUUCAUACGGAGUGAACUUACCUGUUUUAUGGGAUAUUCUCCAUGCGACCACUGAGCUAUCCAAGGCUACCCAUACCUGCAGCAGUGGGCAGUCCUGUCCCUACCCAGGACAGCCUGUCCAGCUCUCGCUCCUCCUCAACACCUCCCUCCAUGUCCACCUCCUCUCCUGCUGACCGGCGGGCCUCGAGUAUCGCUGCCCUGCGCCUCAAAGCCAAAGAGCACUCUGCCCAGCUGACACAGCUCAGCGCAGCAGCCUCUUGCACAACCAGAAGGGAACCAUGUUGAAAAUUCCUCAAUUUGCAGGCAAAUUUUGCAGGUUUUAGAGUUGAUAACUCAUAAAAACCUUUGUUUGCGUGGUUAUAUUACACCUAAUGCUUUCAGCAGAUAAUGACAGACAUCUGAGACUGUAACAUGAAAAGUGUGACUGUUAUAGUUGUAUGAUUUGGGCCUUCUUAUGAUUACAAAUCAACAUGGUACAUAAUAUUAUUAAUAACAUAAUAUUGAUUGAGCUCAGCCUUUUUCUGUGCUUAUGGGGGUGGGGUUACAUGAAAACACACCAACCACCUUAAACAUGAUGUAAGAUAGUAAAGGCUGUACAGUAUUUUGUCACUGGUCCAUUUUCAUCCCAUAUACUGUAUAUUUUGAUCAUAUUUACUGGUUUUCAAAUACUUCAGGUCAUGUAUGUCCUUCAAUGUUUUAGCAAAUUCAUUGUCAAUGAAAUUGUUGAUGGAUGCUAAUUUAAUAUUUAACUGUGAUAGAAGUGGUCUCCCAAAAUAUCCAGCUUGGGCCUAUUAUAUACAUUACUUCUUGUUUUUUAGUGAUUGAAAAUGUAGAUGGCAUACGGUGCAGUUCAGUAGCCUUCACAAGAUACACAUAAGGAUCAGCAUUCUAUGAUAUAAAAAAUUAUGAGAUGUCAAGGAACAUUCAAACAAGGAAGUACAGUAGCUACUUGUACAUUUGUAUUUAAACUAACUUUAUUCAACUGAAGUCCUCAUCAUUUUCAAAUAUAAAAACAACGACUAAUACGGCUUAAAAUGUCAAUGAAUUGAAAUAAUUAUGAAGCAAUUUUGGAACACCAGUCUGGUUGAAUGGCUUUUGAUAUGGAUGACGAUUGAUUUCUCAGUCAGUACCAAAUGCAUUUCCUCUCUGUGUAUAUAUUGUAAAAUGAAUAUUCAACUGUAAUUAUUUUGAAAAAGUGAUUAUUCUCUUUUCAUCCUUUAUUGUUUCACACCUAUAAUAUGGCUUUAAUAGUUC